CUGGAACAACAAUAAAGUAGAAAUAACUACAGUAUAAAAUACCAACAGAUGUUCUCAAAACAAUCUUAAUGGGCCGUUUAGAGUUCAAAGUGGGCCUCCCUCCACAGACCGGAUGCCGUGGCUGCCUGCCUACCUGGGCACCUGGGAAGGGACUUCUGGCAAACAGCUGGGGGGGGGCCUUGGGGCAAAAGGCUCAUUUCCUGUCUCUGGAUUUCUCCAGCCUUUGGCUCCUUCUCUUAAACUGAAAGCUAUACAUGGUGAGACCUUGAAAGAAUUUGGAUGGGACACCACCAGGUCACUCCAGGACCAGGAGCCAGAUUCUAGAAAGAUGCACUACUGGCCCAAAAGCUGCAGUGGAGAAUCAGACUUUUUCACACUUCCUAUCUAACCCUGUGGUACCAUCUUAUACCCAUGUUACUCAGUUUUGGUAACUUUUAAGAUGUGGGGCCUUCAAAUCCCAGAAUUCCCCAGCCAGCAAGGUUGUAAUCUCCAUAGCUUAAAGGUUGCAAAAUGCUGGCUUACAGUGACUGCGUUCACACAGCCCAUUUAGCCAAAAACACAGCCAAAACCCGCCAGAGGGCUGGUUUGAACCCAGCCGCCCUGGGUCCUACGCGCGAACGCCCACCGAAGCUGCCUUUCCCGCCUGGACCCCAAGCCCACUCCCGCCGCUCCCAGGCCGCCCAGCCCGGCCCCUCCGCUUCUCCCGGUCUCCCGGGGCGCUCCCAGCGCGGCGGCGGCAGGAGGGAGCGGCCGGGCCGGGUGGGGCCGGCAGCCUCCUCCUUUCCUCUGAUGCACAACUGUGUACUGGAACAAAUGCACUUCUUUCUCAGCUAUGCUUGACGCCAGCAGCUCCCAGAAACUCUUGAUGAAAACAGGACUCAUCCUGAUUGUCAUUGGUCACCUGAACUUCAUUGCGGGAGCCUUGGUCAACGGGACGGUCUUGCGCCACAUUGCCAACCCUCAAGAUAGUAUUUCUCUGCAGUAUGCCAUCUCUAACAUCAUCUUGGCCGUCUCAGCCAUCUUGACAAUAUCCUGUGGAAUAGCAGCCAUUGUGCUUUCCAGAUACCUGUCCCAAAAACCACUGGGAUGGGCUGUUUUCUCCCUCAGCAUCAGCAGCACCCUCCUCUCGCUCUUCUGCCUGGUGGGGCUGGCGGUGGCCAUCGGCCUGACCUUCGCCAACAAGGGCCAGGCCCUUCUGUCCCUGUGCACCUUUGCUGACAUGGAGGUCAUUCAGAUUGCCCAGGAGUGCCCCUUCGACCCCACUCGGAUCUAUAGUUCUGCCUUGGUCCUCUGGGGGAUCUCCUUUCUCUUGGACUCUGUGGAGAUCAUCUUCAGCAUCCGCUGCUUUCUGAUCACUCUCGUGGUCCUGAAGUUGAAGCUUUGUCGCAGGGGGAAGCGCAAGAAAAAGGUCUCGCUGAAGUUCAUCACCACGGAGAGCAGAGAUUCCUGCGAGGGACGGGAUCUGCUGAGGAUGGAGCGCUUGAGCGCUGUGCAGCUGUAGAGGCCAAACUUGGUGCUCAGGAGAUCCUGGCAGGCCAAACCCUCACAGGCUCUUCGGUGGUACCUUUCCCACUGACCUGGUCAGUUUCACCAUCUGACUUCACUGACCACUGAGAGGACUGGAGCCUGCCAGGAGAAAUGGCCGAGGUCUGCUUCUUCUUCUUGUCCUUCCAAGCAUUGAAUGGCCAUUGUGUUUGUGCAUUUCUUCUGCUCAUCCUCUGGACGAUGUUUCUAGCUUUGACGUCUCAAAAGAGGCUGUGAGCUAAUCCUAACCCUCAGAGACAAGCCUUUUUUAUUCUGAUACACACAUGCAGGUGCCUGGGUGUUCUCUUUGGGGCAGGGCCAGGGAAGCUCUGGGUCAUUCUCGGGAGCAAAGUCACCCAGAGUGAUGGGAGCCUGAUGGCCGGGGAGGAGGCUCUAGCCGGAGAGAAAGGACCACCAGGGGUCAACUGGGGCUUUCUCUGACAUGUUGCUUUGUAUUCUGUUAUCACAGCUUAAGCAGGGAUUGAAAGAAAACUAUGACCUUUAGAUGACUGGUUUGUUGACAAAACUGCAAAUCCACCUUACUUUGCUUAUAUCUGUAAAUAGGCAAAUCUACUGAAAUAAUGGAUUGGGAGGCAAGGGGUCAGUCAGCUGCAAAAGAGGCAGAUUGGGGAGACCUCGUGUGGCAUCCUGGUGAAGGUGGGGGAUGUGACAGGGAGAUGCGAUCCCAGUUUCAGCCCCAGAAGCUCCUGGGAGUGGGAGGGGGGACGUUGGUCCAGCUCUAUACACUCAGCCAACCUACCUCACAGGGUUGUUGUGGGGAGAGCAAGGAUGGAGUACUGUUUUCUGCCUUAAACUCCUGGACCAAAGAUGGAAUAAAAAUCUAACCCAUUAAUUAAAACAA